GAAACCCGUCGAACAUCUGAUAAGCCUGCCCGCAAGCGCCGUAAAGUGAACUAUGCGGGGGCUGAUUGUAGUGCUGAGGAUGAUGGCACUAAAUCAUGGACAAAUGAGGACAGACUCGCCCUCGCAAACCGUGACGCAAACCGCUUCCCAGUAUUCAAAGUUAAAGAUAAAGAAACCACCUUCCGUCAACGGUUUCACGUUCCUUUGAUUGACAAGUCGAGUGGUAACUACAAUUCUGGUCGCGCCGCUCCUACUCUGGGAAUGCGUUGUGGUGCUACUUUCGUCGUUAAACCUCUACAUGAUCCCAGCGGAGAGUUUGCAAUCGUACUUUAUGACCCGACUAUCGACGAUAAGCCGGAUGAAAAGAAUGAAGGCAAAGACACUGCUGAAAACAAGGAGGGUGAAGAGGUCGAGCAAAAGAAGUUGAAUCAGCCACUAGUGCAUAAAAGCCUUGCAGAAAUAUUGGGGAUCAAGAAGAACGUUGAUGAAAGACCCAAAGUACCCGUCGUUAUCGAUCCGAGGCUUGCAAAGAUUCUACGACCGCAUCAGAUUGAGGGUGUAAAGGUAUGUUUUUGUGUUUGUAAAGUAGUCGUUGACAUGUGUGCCUUGCCUUAUCUAACCCUUGUAGUUUCUAUAUCGAUGUACAACCGGACUUGUUGAUAAGAAUGCCCAUGGAUGCAUCAUGGCAGACGGUAUGGGGCUCGGUAAAACAUUGCAAUGUAUCACGUUGAUGUGGACCUUACUUAAACAAUCGCCUGAGGCGGGUAAACCUACAGUCCAAAAGGCGGUUAUUGCAUGCCCAGCUACGCUAGUAGGCAACUGGGCAAACGAACUAGGUAUGUUCGCAAAAUGCUGCCCUUACGUAUGGUAUUCUAAUUAUUUUAGUGAAAUGGCUGGGCAAGGACGCUAUAAACCCCUUUGUGAUCGAUGGGAAAGCUUCGAAGACGGAACUAACAUCCCAACUAAGGCAAUGGGCAAUUGCUUCUGGCCGUUCCGUUGUCAGGCCCGUGUUGAUAGUUUCGUAUGAAACACUGCGAAUGAAUUCAGAUGAACUUCGGGAUACCCAAAUUGGGCUUCUUCUCUGCGACGAAGGGCACCGGCUAAAGAAUGCUGACAGUCAAACAUAUGUAGCACUGAACAAGCUUAAUGUCCAGAAACGCGUCAUCCUUUCUGGAACUCCAAUUCAAAACGACUUGUCUGAAUACUUCAGUCUCCUCGACUUUGCGAACCCGGGCAUCCUAGGGUCACGCAGCGAAUUCCACAAGACAUAUGAAAUUCCCAUUCUCCGUGGCCGUGAUGCAGAUGGGACCGAUGAGCAGCAGAAGAAAGGCAACGAGCGUCUUGCUGAACUUCUUAAUCUCGUUAACAAGUUCAUUAUUCGAAGGAGCAAUGACCUUUUGUCCAAAUACCUCCCCGUCAAGUAUGAGCACGUUGUAUUCUGCAAUCUUUCUCCAUUCCAGCUGGAUCUAUACAACCACUUCAUCCAGAGUCCUGAAAUCAAGAGUCUCCUUCGUGGUAAAGGAAGUCAGCCUUUGAAGGCAAUUGGUAUUUUGAAAAAGCUUUGCAAUCAUCCUGAUCUUUUGAAGCUCUCAGAAGAUCUACCAGGAUGCGAGCAAUAUUUCCCCGAAGAUAUGACGGUAUCCAAUGGCCGCAGAGGAGACCGUGAAGCCAAGACUUGGUACUCUGGUAAAAUGAUGGUCUUGGAUCGAAUGCUUGCACGUAUCCGACAGGACACUAAUGAUAAGAUCGUUCUGAUCAGCAAUUACACGCAGACAUUAGACCUUUUCGAGCGUCUGUGCCGAGCUCGUGCGUAUGGCUGUAUACGCCUUGACGGAACUAUGGGUGUUAAGAAACGAUCGAAGCUAGUCGAUAAAUUCAAUGACCCGAACGGAGAAGAGUUUGUCUUCCUGCUCUCCAGUAAGGCAGGCGGAUGUGGCAUCAACUUGGUUGGAGCAAACCGUUUGGUACUCUUUGAUCCCGAUUGGAAUCCUGCUGCCGACCAACAGGCAUUGGCUCGAGUGUGGCGUGAUGGCCAGUCAAAGGACUGUUUUGUUUACCGAUUCAUUGCCACUGGCACGAUUGAGGAGAAGAUCUUUCAACGUCAAUCACACAAGCAAUCUCUAUCAUCAUGUGUGAUUGAUUCAGCCGAGGACGUCGAGCGCCACUUCAGUCUCGACUCACUUCGAGAACUCUUCCAGUUUAAGCCAGGCACGACCAGUGACACACAUGAUACCUUCAAGUGUAAACGCUGCAGGCCGGAUGGGACACAGCAUAUCAAGGCACCUGCAAUGCUGUACGGCGACACGAGUUCUUGGAACCAUUUUGUCAACACAGGCGAGAAGGGCCCUAUGAACAGGAUCCAGGAUCUAUUGUUACGACAGGAAACGACCGAGCAAGCAGUCAGCGCAGUUUUCCAGUAUAUCAGCCAUUAAUUGGAGUAUUAUUUUCCAUUUCGAUAGGGGUCAGCGUUUAGGUAUAGCUGGAGCGAAGGCUUGAGAUGAUUCUUUUAUAUGCCACAUGAUUGAUGUAAUAUCCAGAAACGAGGUCUAGAAUAUAUCAAACUCAUUUAUUCAACAAGUUUGCUCUUAUAGCUAUGCGCCGUGAGCUAAUGCCUGGGAUGUCGUCAUUAACUCCAUUAGUGUCUUGGUUAUAACGACGACGUUCUGCUACGCCUCAGAUUCUCUGCUACACAAACUGUCAGGAGACGCUAGUUAGAUGCCAGCGGGUUCUAGAGCUUCGCCUUCUGCUCCAAAACCCGGC